UAUUCACCAUAUUUACUUGUGUAAAUGACAAAGUGGAUCACAUUAUUUACUACAGGGGAUCAGAGUUUCCAAUGAUCUUAGUUUGUUUCACUUUGAAAGCCCUGGGACACCGACCGCACCUCAUGUGGCGCGCGGUAAGCCUCUUACAACCAUGAACACACCAGAUGCAGAGGAUGCCAAUCAAGAGAAACUUAACGCAGAAUGCGUUUACAGUAUGCUGCACGAGUUCCGCUGUAGCCUACCUGAAUUAUUAUUUAUCUACAUUUAUAUGACUCACUGACACAAACGGACAGUCAGGUGCGUGCUGGUUCUAUAAACUCUAGAACCAACAUAUGGGAUAUCAAAGUGCAGAGACCCAGACGGCUCUGGCAUUAUUGAAGUGUUAUUCCCCGUGGAUUAGGCCAGUUAUUCGACGGCACAAUGCUUCCACAAGAUAUAGGAGUGCAGAAACCCCGUCGGAUCUCGGAUCCGGCUCCACCGGUACCACCACGGCGGGGCAAGAACAGAGACUUUCCUCUUUCAAAGCGCCGGCGAUCGGGCUCCGUACCUGAGCGCAAGGUGAACUGCGUCCUCGUGGGAGAUGGAGCGGUCGGGAAGACAAGUCUUAUCGUCAGCUACACCACAAAUGGAUAUCCGACAGAAUACAUUCCAACAGCUUUCGAUAACUUUGCAGUUAUGGUUGUGGUGGAUGGAAAACCUGUGAGACUGCAACUCUGUGAUAUGGCUGGCCAGAAAUGGGGGAUGGAGGAUGACACUAUUAAUGACGAGCUGGACCGGAUCCGCCCUCUAUGCUACCGCAAUGCCGACGUCUUCCUGCUCUGCUACAGCGUGGUGCGCCCCUCCUCCUUCCGCAAUGCCACCGACCGCUGGGCGCCUGAGAUCCGCCGUCACUGCCCCGGGGCACCCAUGGUCCUAGUGGGGACCCAGCUGGACCUGAGGGAAGACGUCCAGGUGCUGGUCCAGCUGGCCAGGAACCAGGAGCGGCCCGUGGGAACCGAGGAGGCCCAGCAGCUGGCACAGGAUAUUGGGGCCGUGUCCUUCGUAGAGUGCUCGGGUCUGACCCAGAAGAACCUGAAGGAGGUGUUUGACCAGGCCAUCUUGGCCAGCAUCCAGCCGGCGGAGAACGUUCAGCAGCUCCAGCAGAGGCAGAGCCUGAGGAAGAAGACCCCGGAUAAGAUCAAGAGUCUCUCUGAGACUUGGUGGAAGAAGCUGAGCUGUGUUGUUGUGGCAGGAGAGCGUGUGGGAGGAGAGUCCGACUGAACCCCCCAAAGCAGCUGUUUAGGAUUUUUAAUUUUUCUAUGCUUGUCUUUUAUUUAUUUUUUUCACUCCAGAUAUAAUAGCACUUAGGAAAACAGACCUGGAUCAAUAAUAUGUUGGAAAAAUUUAAAUGUAUUAUCUAAAGACUCAUGGAAUUAUUUAAUAUCUAAAAAGGAGAAGCACUAGAAAGCAUUAUCGUUGCUGGCAAGAUAAUGAAUGAAAUGCAGAAUGUCAGCGUUAGUGAUACCUUAUGUUUUGUGUUCAAAGGCCUUGAUGAGGUCACAGCAAGUCUAAAUUAAGUGAUUUGAGUUAGCAAAUCCAAUAGCUGGGGAGACUACUAAUGAAAUGACUGACUUCACAAUGACUUCUGUGUAACCCCCAUCAAGGUUCAAAGGUCACCAGUGGAGAAUGUUGUGGAGGAUUACGAGAAACUAGCCAGUAGAAACUGUAACGCCAAACCAUAAGCUUGCUUUGUGUCCGCCAUUUUGACAAUUAAGUCUUUCAAUGUUGUUUACUAACCUAUAUCAGAUCAAGUACAAUUAUUGGUCUUUCAGAUUCAAGUAGUCUAAAACACUGUUCCUGUAUCAGUUGUUGAUAUUGCUGGACAUACCAACCAAACACAGCUAAAGGAUACUGUAGCUUCCCAGUCAGAUUGACUCUAAUCUGACUAAUCUGCAGAUCAGUUGGUUUGGCUUUCCCUCCUGAUCCCUGGUCAGGUCUGUCGUGGUGAUGAAUCGUAGUGGUUCUCCGGUGGAGGCCGUACGCAGCUUUCUAAUAGGAUGAGACAGGACCACCUGGAUUGGAUUAGCUGGGCAUAUGGUGGCUGACUCUCAGUCCCCUGAAUGCCAUCACACCUUAGCCCUGCUCUGAUGUCAACCAAGACCGUCUGCCUAGGAAGACUAAGCAAGACUCAGACCCUGUCACCCUGCUGCUAG